AAUUCUUCCACCUCAGCUCCACGAAGCCAGGAUUGGACAGAACAGGCAGGCAGCUGGCGGGGUGCCUGUCCGGUGCACAAUCUUGGUGCUGCUCCAAAGAACACGUCUGCUGAAACCUGAAUCACAGCUCUCCUGAGCCUGAGCUCAGCGCUAUUGACCACUCUCCCCGUUUCAGCUGCUCACAGACUGAAGGCAAGACCCUCCACCAGCAAAAAGAUUACAACUUCCUUUACUGCAAUGCUUGCUUUAUUGCAUUGGUCUGGAAUUAAGCCUGUAAUAUCUCUGAGGAGCAGGAGGCCACCCACCACCAUGAGCAGCACCCUGUCACCCACAGACUUCGACAGUUUGGAGAUCCAGGGCCAGUACAGCGACAUCAACAAUCGCUGGGACCUGCCUGACUCGGACUGGGACAAUGACAGCAGCUCAGCCCGCCUCUUUGAGAGGUCUCGAAUUAAGGCCCUGGCAGAUGAGCGAGAAGCCGUGCAGAAGAAAACCUUCACUAAGUGGGUGAACUCGCACCUGGCCCGGGUGACCUGCCGGGUGGGCGACCUGUACAGCGACCUCCGGGAUGGACGUAACCUCCUGAGGCUCCUCGAGGUGCUGUCGGGAGAGACACUGCCAAAGCCCACGAAGGGCCGCAUGCGGAUCCACUGCCUGGAGAAUGUGGACAAGGCCCUGCAGUUCCUGAAGGAGCAGAAAGUGCACUUGGAAAACAUGGGGUCCCAUGACAUUGUGGACGGAAACCACCGCCUGACCCUGGGGCUGGUCUGGACGAUCAUCCUUCGGUUCCAGAUCCAAGACAUCAGUGUGGAAACAGAAGACAACAAGGAGAAGAAGUCAGCCAAGGAUGCCUUGCUGCUGUGGUGCCAGAUGAAGACAGCUGGGUAUCCCAAUGUCAACGUGCACAACUUCACCACCAGCUGGAGAGACGGGCUGGCCUUCAACGCCAUUGUGCAUAAGCACCGGCCAGACCUGCUGGAUUUCGAGUCCCUGAAGAAGUGUAACGCCCACUACAACCUACAGAACGCCUUCAACCUGGCCGAGAAGGAGCUGGGGCUCACCAAGCUCCUGGAUCCCGAAGAUGUGAAUGUGGACCAACCAGAUGAGAAAUCCAUCAUUACCUACGUGGCUACUUACUAUCACUAUUUCUCCAAGAUGAAGGCCCUGGCUGUGGAAGGCAAAAGGAUUGGGAAGGUGCUGGACCACGCCAUGGAGGCCGAGCGCCUGGUGGAGAAGUAUGAGUCCCUGGCCUCAGAGCUGCUGCAGUGGAUCGAGCAAACGAUCGUGACCCUCAAUGACCGGCAGCUGGCCAACUCCCUGAGCGGGGUCCAGAACCAGCUGCAGUCCUUCAAUUCUUACCGCACCGUAGAGAAGCCGCCCAAGUUCACAGAGAAAGGGAACCUGGAAGUGCUGCUCUUCACCAUCCAGAGCAAGCUGCGGGCCAACAACCAGAAGGUGUACACGCCCCGCGAGGGCCGGCUCAUCUCUGACAUCAACAAGGCCUGGGAGCGGCUGGAGAAGGCGGAGCAUGAGCGGGAGUUGGCCCUGCGCACCGAGCUGAUCCGCCAGGAGAAGCUGGAGCAGCUGGCCGCCCGCUUCGACCGCAAGGCCGCGAUGCGGGAGACCUGGCUCAGCGAGAACCAGCGCCUCGUGUCCCAGGACAACUUUGGGCUGGAGCUGGCAGCCGUGGAGGCAGCAGUGCGGAAGCAUGAAGCCAUUGAGACGGACAUCGUGGCCUACAGCGGCCGGGUGCAGGCUGUGGACGCCGUGGCCGCUGAGCUGGCCGCCGAGCGCUACCACGACAUCAAGCGCAUCUCCGCGCGGCAGCACAACGUGGCGCGGCUCUGGGACUUCCUGCGGCAGAUGGUGGCCGCCCGGCGGGAGCGGCUCCUCGUCAGCCUGGAGCUGCAGAAGGUGUUUCAGGACCUGCUCUACCUCAUGGACUGGAUGGACGAGAUGAAGGGCCGGCUGCAGUCCCAGGACCUGGGCAAGCACCUGGCUGGAGUGGAGGACCUGCUGCAGCUACACGAGCUGGUGGAAGCAGACAUCGCCGCGCAGGCUGAGAGGGUGCGGGCUGUCAGUGCCUCUGCCCUGCGCUUCUGUGACCCAGGAAAGGAGUACAAGCCAUGCGACCCGCAGCUGGUGUCCGAGCGGGUGGCCACCCUGGAGCAGACCUACGAGGCCCUGUGCCAGUUGGCCGCGGCCAGGCGGGCCCGCCUGGAGGAGUCCCGGCGCCUCUGUGCAAACGACAUGGAGGCCUGGCUGGUGGACGCGCUGCGCCUGGUGUCUAGCCCGGAGCUGGGACACGACGAGUUCUCCACGCAGGCCCUGGCCCGGCAGCAUCGGGCCCUGGAGGAGGAGAUCCGAGGCCACCGGCCAACCCUGGACGCCCUGAGGGAACAGGCUGCCGCUCUGCCUCUGGCACUGAGCCGCACACCCGAGGUGCAGGGCCGGGUGCCCACCCUGGAGCGGCACUACGAGGAGCUGCAGGCCCGGGCGGGCGAGCGGGCGAGGGCCCUGGAGGCGGCCCUGGCACGCUACACCAUGCUCAGCGAGGCCGGGGCCUGCGGGCUGUGGGUGGAGGAGAAGGAGCAGUGGCUCAACGGGCUCACCCUGCCCGAGCGCCUGGAGGACCUGGAGGUGGUGCAGCAAAGGUUCGAGACCCUGGAGCCAGAAAUGAAUGCCCUCGCAGCUCGAAUUACUGCCGUGAACACCAUUGCAGAGCAGUUGCUGCAGGCCAACCCCGCGGGCAAGGACAGCAUCGUCAACACCCAGAAGCAGCUCAACCACAGGUGGCAGCAGUUUCGGUCCCUGGCGGAUGGCAAGAAGGCAGCUCUGACAUCAGCUCUGAGCAUCCAGAACUACCACCUGGAGUGCACGGAGACCCAGGCCUGGAUGAGAGAAAAGACCAAGGUCAUCGAGUCCACCCAGGGCCUGGGCAAUGACCUGGCUGGGGUGCUGGCACUGCAGCGCAAGCUGGCCGGCACCGAGCGGGACCUGGAGGCCAUCGCCACCCGGGUGGGUGAACUGACUCGAGAGGCAAACGCCCUGGCUGCUGGCCACCCCGCCCAAAGCUCUGCCAUCCAUGCCCGGCUUGGAGAGGUGCAAGCUGGCUGGGAGGACCUCAGGGCCACCAUGAGACGUCGAGAGGAGUCGCUGGGUGAGGCACGGCGGCUGCAGGACUUCCUGCGCAGCUUAGAUGACUUCCAGGCGUGGCUGGGUCGCACGCAGACUGCUGUGGCCUCUGAAGAAGGGCCGGCCACCCUGCCUGAGGCAGAGGCCCUCCUGGCCCAACACGCAGCCCUGCGGGGAGAGGUGGAGCGGGCCCAGAGCGAGUACAGCCGGCUGCGGGCCUUGGGUGAGGAGGUGACCCGGGACCAGGCCGAUCCCCAGUGCCUCUUCCUACGGCAGCGACUCGAAGCCCUGGGAACCGGCUGGGAGGAGCUGGGCCGCAUGUGGGAGAGCCGGCAGGGCUGCCUGGCCCAGGCCCAUGGCUUCCAGGGGUUCCUGCGGGAUGCUCGCCAGGCCGAGGGCGUGCUCAGCAGCCAGGAAUACGUUUUGUCUCACACGGAGAUGCCGGGGACACUCCAGGCUGCGGACGCUACCAUAAAAAAACUGGAAGACUUCGUGAGCACCAUGGACGCCAACGGGGAGCGGAUCCGCGGGCUCCUGGAGGCCGGGCGGCAGCUGGUGUCUGAGGGCAACAUCCAUGCCGAGAAGAUCCGGGAGAAGGCGGACUCCAUCGAGAGGAGACACGGGAAGAAUCAGGAAGCAGUGCAGCAGCUUCUGGGACGCCUUCGGGACAACCGAGAGCAGCAGCGUUUCUUACAAGAUUGUCAUGAGCUGAAACUCUGGAUCGAUGAGAAGAUGCUGACGGCCCAGGACGUGUCCUACGACGAGGCCCGCAACCUGCACACAAAGUGGCAGAAGCACCAGGCGUUCAUGGCGGAGCUGGCCGCCAAUAAGGACUGGCUGGACAAGGUGGACAAGGAAGGGCGGGAGCUGAGCCUCGAGAAGCCAGAGCUGAAAGCCCUGGUGUCGGAGAAGCUGGGGGACCUGCACAGGCGCUGGGAGGAGCUGGAGACCACCACCCAGGCCAAGGCCCGCAGCCUCUUCGACGCCAACCGGGCAGAGCUGUUUGCCCAGAGCUGCUCUGCCCUGGAGAGCUGGCUGCUGAGCCUGCAGGCCCAGCUGCACUCCGACGACUACGGCAAGGACCUCACCAGCGUCAACAUUCUGCUCAAGAAGCAGCAGAUGCUGGAACGGGAGAUGGCUGUGCGGGAGAAGGAGGUGGAGGCCAUCCAGGCCCAGGCCAAAGCUCUGGCCCAGGAAGACCAGGGUGCAGGGGAGGUGGAGAGGACCUCGCGGGCUGUGGAGGAGAAGUUCAGGGCCCUGUGCCAGCCCAUGAGGGAGCGCUGCCAGCGCCUGCAGGCCUCCCGCGAGCAGCAUCAGUUCCACCGGGAUGUGGAGGACGAGAUCUUGUGGGUGACGGAGCGUCUGCCCAUGGCCAGCUCCAGGGAGCAUGGCAAGGACCUGCCCAGUGUCCAGCUCCUCAUGAAGAAAAACCAGACGCUGCAAAAGGAGAUACAAGGCCACGAGCCACGGAUUGCGGACCUAAGGGAGCGGCAGCGUGCCCUGGGUGCGGCCGCGGCAGGCCCGGAGCUGGCUGAGCUACAGGAAAUGUGGAAGCGCCUGAGCCAUGAGCUGGAGCUUCGAGGGAAGCGACUCGAAGAGGCCCUGCGAGCCCAGCAGUUCUACCGAGAUGCCGCCGAGGCCGAGGCCUGGAUGGGGGAGCAGGAGUUACACAUGAUGGGCCAGGAGAAAGCCAAGGAUGAGCUGAGCGCCCAGGCCGAGGUGAAGAAGCAUCAGGUAUUGGAGCAAGCCCUGGCUGACUACGCCCAGACCAUCCACCAGCUGGCAGCCAGCAGCCAAGAUAUGAUUGACCACGACCACCCAGAGAGCACGCGGAUAUCCAUCCGCCAAGCCCAGGUGGACAAGCUGUACGCCAGCCUGAAGGAGCUGGCUGGGGAGCGGCGGGAGCGCCUGCAGGAACACCUGAGGCUGUGCCAGCUGCGCCGGGAGCUGGACGACCUGGAGCAGUGGAUCCAGGAGCGCGAGGUGGUGGCAGCCUCCCACGAGCUGGGCCAGGACUACGAGCACGUGACGAUGCUGCGGGACAAGUUCCGAGAGUUCUCCCGGGACACGAGCACCAUCGGCCAGGAGCGCGUGGAUAGUGCCAACGCAUUGGCCAACGGGCUCAUCGAUGGGGGCCAUGCCGCCCGGGCCACCGUGGCCGAGUGGAAGGACAGCCUCAACGAGGCCUGGGCUGACCUGCUCGAGCUGCUGGACACGCGGGGCCAGGUGCUGGCAGCCGCGUAUGAGCUACAGCGCUUCCUGCACGGGGCCCGCCAGGCCCUGGCGCGGGUGCAGCAAAAGCAGCAGCAGCUUCCCGAUGGGACCGGCCGAGACCUCAACGCCGCCGAAGCCCUGCAGCGCCGGCACUGUGCCUUCGAGCACGACAUCCAGGCCCUCAGCGCCCAGGUCCAGCAGGUGCAGGACGAUGGCCACCGGCUCCAGAAGGCCUACGCCGGAGACAAGGCCGAGGAGAUCGGCCACCACAUGCAGGCUGUGACGGAGGCCUGGGCCCAGCUUCAGGGAAACUCUGCUGCCCGCCGCCAGCUGCUGCUGGACACGACGGACAAGUUCCGCUUCUUCAUGGCUGUCCGGGAGCUGAUGCUGUGGAUGGACGGGGUGAACCUGCAGAUGGAUGCCCAGGAGCGGCCCCGGGAUGUGUCCUCCGCAGACAUGGUUAUCAAGAACCACCAGGGCAUCAAAGCAGAGAUCGAGGCCAGGGCCGACCGCUUCUCUUCUUGCAUCGACAUGGGGCAGGGGCUGCUCGCCAGGAGCCACUAUGCAGCUGAGGAGAUCUCAGAGAAGCUGUCUCAGCUGCAGGCACGGCGCCAGGAGACCGCAGACAAGUGGCAGGAGAAGAUGGACUGGCUCCAGCUUGUUCUGGAGGUGCUCGUGUUUGGAAGAGACGCAGGUAUGGCGGAGGCCUGGCUGUGCAGCCAGGAGCCACUGGUGCGAAGUGCUGAGCUGGGUUGCACAGUUGAUGAAGUCGAGAACCUCAUCAAGCGGCACGAGGCCUUCCAGAAGUCAGCAGUGGCCUGGGAGGAGCGUUUCAGCGCGCUGGAGAAGCUCACCGCGUUGGAGGAGCAGGAGAAGGAGCGGAAAAGAAAGAGGGAAGAGGAGGAACGGAGAAAACAGCCCCCUGCUCCAGAGCCCACAGCCAGUCUGCCCGGAGGGGUCCUUGUGGACGGCCAGACGGCUCCUGAUGCUUCCUGGGACGGAGCCCACCCCCGGCUACCAGCACCCACACAGGCAGCCAACGUUAACGGAGUCUGCACAGACGGGGAGUCCCCCCAGCCCCUGUUGGAACAACAAAGACUUGAGCAGGGCAGCUUCCCAGAAGGGCCUGCGUCUGGCCCAGGAGACGAGACCAACGGGCCCCAGGGAGAGAGGCAGACCCGGAAACAGGGCUCGGGUCCUCCUGUCCUGCCCCAGAGCCGGUCAUCUGAGUCAGCCCGGGUUGCCACCUUGCCCUCUCGAGGCCCAGAGCUCUCUGCCCAGGAGCAGAUGGAGGGGAUGCUGUGCCGCAAGCAGGAGAUGGAGGCCUUCGGCAAGAAGGCUGCCAACAGGUCAUGGCAGAAUGUGUACUGUGUCCUGCGGCAUGGGAGCCUGGGUUUCUACAAGGACGUGAAGGCAGCCAGCACGGGAGUGCCGUACCACGGAGAAGUGCCUGUCAGCCUGGCCAGGGCCCAGGGCAGUGUCGCCUUGGAUUAUCGGAAGCGCAAACAUGUUUUCAAGCUGGGCUUACAGGAUGGAAAAGAAUAUUUAUUCCAAGCCAAGGAUGAGGCAGAGAUGAGCUCGUGGCUGCGGGUGGUGAAUGCAGCCAUUGCCGCUGCGUCCUCUGCCUCUGGAGAGCCUGAAGAGCCAACGGUGCCCAGUGCCACCCGGGGCAUGACCCGGGCCAUGACAAUGCCCCCAGUGUCACCGGUCGGGGCUGAGGGGCCCGUGGUACUUCGCAGCAAGGACGGCCGAGAACGAGAGCGAGAAAAGCGCUUCAGCUUCUUCAAGAAGAAUAAGUAGUUGGGGGCAAGACUCCCCGGCUAGCUCCUCCCUUUGUUCAGGAAACUGCCAGGGACUGUCAACUGGGACCACCCUCUUGUCAGGACAACUGCCUGCUGCUAGGGUCUGUUGCCAAGGUCAGCCCAUCACCAGGAACUGUCUCUGGGGACAAGUCAGUGUUCCCAUGGACAACCCUUCUCUUCUGCUAUUUAAUUCCGGACUGGUGGUGGGACCCGGGCAACCCCCGAUUCUACUCCCCCGACUUCCCUCUUCCCCAGCCUUAAACCUCGAUUCCCACCACAGUGCGGACAGUGCCGCACCCUCAGUGUAGGCCACGUGGGGAAUGGCUGCCCCUGCCUCAGGGUCAUUCUCCCACCACAGCUAGGGCACGCUGUCUGGUGCCUGGCCCCUGGGGACCAGCCAGGAACCUCUAAGAGCUGAAGCAGGACCUGGGGGCAAGAUGGCCGGAUUAUGGAGUCAGAGACACCGAAGCUCCCCAUUCCAUCCUUCUUCAUCCUCUGACUCAAGCGGCCACUCCAUCUCCAGUGACUUUUAAUGGCUUCCAGGUGUGAGUUGUUCAGGGCAACCACAGCCUUGAUUGAGUCUGGCCAAGGAGGUGAUUAAACAGCUCAGCUUCUC